UGCGUGUGAAAUAUGGUCCGUAUUCAAAGUUUACUAAUUAUUCAAUUUUUUAUAAUAAUAUAUUUCUCCCUGAUCCAGGUGCAAUCCAGGUCUCUGCAUUACAUCACAUUGUCAUCUCUUUAUUCUCCUUUAAUCUUCAGCAGUUCCUCAGCCCACCAUUCCUGACACUGACAGUUUUGAACAGUACAGGCAUUAUGGAAGAAUAGCAUUUACCAGAAGAAAUAUGGAGCAGCAGCUUUGAAGCCUGAGCAAGGGACCUCGGCAGCCCCAACCCGACUUGGCUUAACAGUCUCACUGAAUCAGAUUCAACACUGUUGGCUCCCUGGGCUUGCUUCAGCUCUCUGAUCCUCAGAAUCUUCUUCAAUUCCAGCUAGAAUGCUGCGUCAGGCACUUCACAGAUUUGGUCAAAAGCUGGUACGCAGACAUCCACUGGAGGAAGUGUUUGAGUAUGAAACUGGCAUAAAACUGAGCACUCUGGAUUUAGUGGCCCUGGGUGUGGGCCGCACAGUGGGUUUUGGUGUGUAUUUCCUGGCUAAUGAGGUGGCCAGUAAUCAAGCAGGACCAUCCAUUGUGAUCUGCUUUUUGGUGGCUGGCCUAACUUCACUGUUGGCUGGGCUGUGCUAUGCAGAGUUUAGUGUCCGGGUUCCCCAUCCUGGCUCUGCAUAUCUCUACACCUAUGUCACUGUAGGUGAACUCUGGGCUUUCAUCACCGGCUGGAACCUCAUCCUCUCCUUUGCUAUUGAUGCAUUUGUUGCGGUCCAGGCCUGGACCUUGGUUUUUGACAUCCUGUUUGCAAACCGGAUCUCUGAGACCCUGCAUGAGAGCAUCUCACAGAAUGUUCCACAGGUCUUUGCAGACAAUCUAGGCUACUUUUUCGUCAUCGUUCUGGUUUUUUUCUUAGAAUUACAAUUUUUGGGUUGGCAUGAGUUCUCCAAAGUUUUCAAAGUGUUGACAUUGGUGAAGCUUUUGGUUCUCAUUUUUUUCAUCAUCUCUGGCUUCAUUAAGGGGGACCUGCACAACUGGAAGCUCACAGAAGAGGACUACGUAAAGGUUGGACUCAAUGACACUUCUCGCUUGGGCCCUCUGGGCUCUGGAGGAUUCAUGCCUUUUGGCUUCCAGGGGAUUCUCCAAGGAUCAGUUACCUGUUUCUAUGCAUUUAUAGGUUUCAGCAUUAUUGUCACCAGAGUCAAAGAAUCGCACAAUCCUCAGCGUUCCAUCCCCGUGGGCAUUGUGGUUUCACUGCUCAUCUGCUUUUUCGUGUAUUUUGGUGUCUCUGUGGCACUUACACUCAUGGUGCCUUACUACCAGCUUCAACCUGGGAGCACCUUACCUGAGGCAUUUCUCCUUAUUGGCUGGGUCCCUGCCUACUAUGUUGCAGCUUUUGCAAUUUUCUGUAGUAUUUUCGCUGGCAGCUCUUGGAGCUUUGCAUUUUCCAUACGUCGGGUGAUAUACAUGAUGGCACAGGAUGGUCUUCUGUUCCCUAUUUUUGCCAGGAUCUAUACUGGUGCAUAUGGCCGCAUCGUGGCCACUGUGAUCUUUAUGAUUAUUGCAACAAUCAUGGUAUUCUUCUUUGGACUCACUGAUCUUCUGGACCUGAGGUCAAUUGGGACACUGAUAUCUUAUUCCCUGGUAGCUUUUUGUAUUCUUAUUGUCAGGUAUCAGCCUGAGAGGAGGAAGGAGGAAAAUGAGGAAGCACUGCAGGAGAAGAAUGUGGGAAAUGAAGUGCAGGUGCAGGAGGAGAAGGGACCUACAGCAGAGAAGCUGACUCUAAGGGGACUGUUUUUUCCAGGCAGCCCCACCCCCACUCCACUCUCUGGCCGGGUUGUCUAUGUUUGCUCCUCACUGCUUGCUCUGCUGCUGACUCUCCUCUGCCUGGUGCUGGCCCACUGGCCAGGUCUGCUUUCUGGAGACCCAGGUCCCAUCACAGUGGUCGUGCUGCUCCUGGCGCUCAUAACCGGGAUCACUGGGGUCAUCUGGAGACAGCCACAGAGCCCCACUCCCCUUCCCUUUAAGGUCCCUGCUCUGCCUCUCCUCCCACUCCUGAGCAUCUUUGUGAAUGUUUAUCUUAUGAUGCAGAUGGCAGCUGCCAACUGGGCCCGACUUGGUGUCUGGAUGCUGAUUGGUUUUGCUAUCUACUUCAGCUAUGGAGUCCAGCAAAGCCUGGUCAUUUAACUGUACUUAGGGCCCAAACUGUAGACCUUGAACUCAGCAGAGUCAAUACAUGUUUGGCUUGACAUCAUCACAAGUGAAUACAGACUGGUUCCCCUACACAAUAAUGGGAAAUACUCUUGAUCACAUGGAAAUAUAGGGCUCCUAUGAGAUAUUGGUUGGGGUAUACUAAUGGAACUCUUUAUUUAUAGUAUGGUGAAGGAUGUGUUUUUGUGCUUUCUCUCUCUUUCUUUUUAGUUUCUAGUUUCAAUUGUGUCUAUAGCUGUUUACUGGCUUUUACAAAAUUAAUAUUAAAAGAUACUUGAAAAAGUGUUUUCCUUUCCUUUGGUUAAAUAUCCACUAAUGAAGAUGGUGCCUAGCUGGCUCAGUCAGUAGAGCAUGACUCUUGAUCUCAGGCUGUUGAGUUUGAGCCCUCCGUUGGCUAUAGAGAUACUUGAGAAAAUAUCCAGUAGCAGAAUUACUGGAUCAUAUGGUAGUUCUGUUUUAAAGUUUUUAAAGAAGAUCUAUACUGUUUCCCAUAAUGGUUGCAUCAAUUGACAUUUCGCCAACAGUGCAUGAGGGCUCCUUUUUCUCCAUAUCUUUGCCAAUACUUGUAUUUAUUGUUUUUUUUUUAUUUUAGUCCUCCAAAGUGAUAUCUGAUUGCAAUUUUAUUUGUAUUUCCCAGAUGAUUAGAAAUACUAAGCAUUUUUCAUGUGUCUGUUGGUGUCCAUAUGUCUUCUUUGGAAAAAUAUCUAUUCACAUCUCUGCCC